UUGCAAGUUGCAACUCUCAAAUCUUUGAGCAUAUUUUUUAUGGAAAAAAAAAAACAAUUUUCUAACAAUAAAAUAUAGUAGAGAAUCCUCUUCAGACAAUCACUAAACGCCAUUUGCGUAGCGUUUCCACUUUUGAUUCUCCUCCAACACGUCACCUCUCUCUCUCUCUCCAGACCAGAAAAGUCUUCAACUUUCACCGGAAAAUUUCAUCUUCCCUUUCUCCACCAGAUGUUCACAUGAACGACUACUUACUCAACGAGUCAGCACCCACCGAAGACAACGCGUCGACGGCGAUGGAAGCUUUCAUCAGAACGAACCACUCAUCUCUCUGGCCACAACCACCUGUUCCCACUCCUUCUCUUCCUUCACUCUCCCAAUUCAACGAAGACACUCUCCAGCAACGUCUCCAAGCUUUGAUCGAAUCCGCCGGUGAAAAAUGGACUUACGCGAUCUUCUGGCAGAUCUCGCACGACUUCGAAUCUCCCACGGGAGACAACGCGGUGGUCCUCGGAUGGGGAGACGGGUAUUACAAAGGAGAAGAAGAUAAAGAGAAGAAGAAGAAGAGCUCCAACUCGAAUCCGGCGGAGCAAGAGCAUCGGAAGAGAGUCAUCCGUGAGCUUAACUCGUUGAUCUCCGGCGGAGGAGUGGGAGUCUCCGAUGAUUCCAACGACGAGGAAGUCACGGAUACAGAGUGGUUCUUCUUGGUCUCGAUGACUCAGAGCUUCGCGAACGGCGUUGGACUUCCCGGGGAAUCUUUCUUAAACUCUCGCGUGAUUUGGUUAUCCGGGUCGGGUGCUUUAACCGGGUCGGGUUGUGAACGGGCGAGUCAAGGUCAGAUUUACGGGCUGCAGACGAUGGUGUGUAUCGCUGCGGAAAACGGCGUCGUUGAGCUUGGUUCUUCGGAAGCGAUAAGUCAAAGCUCAGAUCUGAUGGAUAAAGUCAACAGUCUGUUCAAUUCGAACAACGGUAACGGUGGAGAAGCUUCUUCUUGGGGGUUUGGUCUGAAUCCGGACCAAGGAGAGAACGAUCCAGCUUUGUGGAUCACUGAACCGGCAAUCGAACCGGUUCAAUCCGGUUCUCAUAAGCUUGAGAAGAACGAGAGCUCGGUUGAAAACCCUAGAAAAAACCCUCAGAACCCGUUUCUUGUGGAGCAAGAUUUCAACUUUCAAGCUGGGUCGUCGAAGAUGAUGAAACCUAGCGAAACUCUGAGUUUCACGGCGGAGGAGAGCAACAAGAGGAAGUCUCCGGUGUCCAAAGGGAGUAACAACGAAGAAGGAAUGCUUUCUUUCAGCACGGUGGUUCGAUCCACCGCGAAAUCCGGCGAGUCUGAUCAUUCUGAUCUUGAAGCGUCGGUGGUUAAGGAAGCAAUUGUGGUUGAACCGGAGAAGAAACCGAGGAAACGUGGGAGAAAACCGGCUAACGGAAGAGAAGAGCCAUUGAACCAUGUGGAAGCAGAGAGGCAGAGAAGGGAGAAGCUAAACCAGAGAUUCUACUCUUUGAGAGCUGUGGUUCCCAACGUGUCGAAAAUGGACAAAGCUUCUCUUCUUGGAGACGCCAUUUCGUAUAUCAACGAGCUGAAGUCGAAGCUGCAGCAAGCGGAGUCAGACAAAGAAGAGAUUCAGAAGCAGCUAGAUGGGAUGAGCAAGGAAGGAAACGGUAAAAGCGGCGCGUCCAGGGCGGUUAGAGAACGCAAAUCGUCGUAUCAAGAUUCGGCGAGUUCUGUAGAAAUGGAGAUUGAUGUGAAGAUCAUAGGUUGGGAUGUGAUGAUUCGUGUACAAUGCAGCAAGAAGAAUCAUCCUGGUUCAAGAUUCAUGGACGCGCUUAAGGAACUGGAUUUGGAAGUGAAUCACGCUAGUUUAUCUGUGGUGAAUGAUUUGAUGAUUCAACAAGCUACUGUGAAGAUGGGGAGCCAGUUCUUCAAUCAUGAUCAGCUCAAGGCUGCUUUAAUGUUGAAAGUUGGAGGAGACAAUUGAACAAAGUCGAACAUCUUUAAGAGAUGAAAGGGGAUCGAACGUAGAGGGUAAUGUAUGAUCUUUUGGCUCUUUGUAAAUUAGUAACUAGUCAUUAUGCAUCACCAGCUUCAUGUUGUUGUUCAUUAGGAGAAGCAUGUUUAGUUCUUAGUUUUAGUGUUUUUCAUAAGUGUUAAGUGAGAUGAAAGUUGGAGACCAGCGAGAGGGUAGUAAAAUAAUAAAUCUUUGGUUGUACUUGUAUGUAUAUUAUAUGUAUGGAGUAAAGAUUAAGUGGAAUUCCAUCGAAGUUUAUAGGUUG